GUAGUAGGUUACAGGUCUGCUCGGUGCUCUCAGCGACAACAAGCGUCAACCACAGUCUAUGGUGUCAACUCGGAACAUCUCUGGGCCAUAGACUACAGUCUAUGUGCUACAAGGGUUAGCUAGAAGAAUGAAGGGAACCUAAAUAGUUUCGUGCGUUGGUGCUGGUUAGUUGACAAAAGUAUAACAAAAGUAAUGGCGGUCGCAGCUGUUUGUGUAUAGAAACUGCUUUGGUUUUUAAAUUAUUUUGCUGCGUACUGAGAUAAGGAACCCCCGGAUGAAGUAGCGUUCACAGGAUGGCAGGAGUGUUCGACAUAGACUUGGAGACUGAGGACAUCAGUGAUACAGAGGAUGAUGUCUGUGACUUCACUGUGACAGAACCAGAGAAUGUGCAAACAGAGGAGGUGGAGUUGACCAGUGAAAGUGUCAACAGAGACAGUGAGAGAGUUGGACCUGACUGUUUUGAGCUUCUUACUGUGCUGGGAAAAGGAGCCUAUGGCAAGGUUUUCCAGGUGAGGAAGGUUCAGGGUGCUCAGAUGGGCAACAUAUUUGCCAUGAAGGUCCUGAAAAAGGCAAAGAUAGUGUGUAAUGCUAAAGACACGGCCCAUACACGAGCAGAGCGGGAGAUCCUGGAGACGGUGAGACACCCAUUCAUCGUGGAUCUGCUCUACGCCUUCCAGACUGGGGGGAAACUCUACCUCAUACUGGAGUGUCUGAGUGGAGGGGAGCUGUUCAUGCAGCUGGAGAAGGAAGGCAUCUUCAUGGAGGACACUGCUUGUUUCUAUCUAGGAGAAAUCACUUUGGCUCUAGGUCACCUCCACUCCAACGGGAUUAUUUACCGGGACCUCAAACCUGAAAACAUCAUGCUUAAUCACCAAGGACACAUCAAGCUAACUGACUUUGGCCUCUGUAAGGAAUCGAUUCAUGAUGGAUCUGUUACACACACCUUCUGUGGCACCAUAGAGUACAUGGCCCCAGAGAUCCUGACCAGGUCAGGUCACAACAGAUCAGUAGACUGGUGGAGCCUCGGGGCCCUGAUGUACGAUAUGAUGACCGGAUCACCUCCAUUCACAGCUGGAAACAGGAAGAAGACCAUCGAUAAGAUCUUGAAGUGUAAACUCAAUCUGCCCCCAUACCUGACCAUCGAUGCCAGGGACCUUAUCAAGAAGCUGUUGAAGAAGAAUCCAGCCCAAAGACUUGGCUCCAGUAAGGUGGAUUGUGCUGAAAUCCAGAAACAUCCGUUCUUCAAGCAUAUCAAUUGGACUGACCUGCUCAACAAGGCAGUGGAGCCGCCAUACAAGCCACGACUGCAGUCGGACGAGGAUGUAAGCCAGUUUGACACCAGGUUUACCAGACAGACACCAGUGGACAGUCCAGACGAUACCACACUCAGCCACAGUGCAGAGCUUGCCUUUGCUGGUUUCACCUACGUGGCUCCGUCAGUCCUUGAGAGUCUAAAAGAAGGCUUCUCAUUCGAGCCCAGAACACGACCUGUACGCCGACACAACAGCAGCCCACGCACACCCAUCAGUCCUAUGAAAUUCUCCCAAGCCGGACCAUUUAAGGCCAGCAAUGAGGGAGAACCAGACCUUUUCUCUCCCAUCUCUCCACCGGCAGCUACAGUUCCUGUGACACUGGAAAACGGUGGUACCAGUCAGCCGAUAAAGACGCCUGCAAGGAACAAGAAGCAGAAGGGACAUCAGAGAUGAGAAGGAAAUCUUAAAAGAGACAGCCUACGCUGCAAGACCUUGGUCAGAACGUUUUUCAUAGUUUAUAGUAAGUGUGAGGCACAGAGCUGAAGUGGUUUUGCUGGUUUUAAUGCUUUUUUUGAAGUGGUUUAACUUCGAGGUCCUUGAAAAGCCAUAAAUCAAAAGUGGAAAGCUCUCCAUUUGCGCUUCUUCUUUCUCACAGUCAUCUAUGAAAACAGAUCCAGUAGUAGGCUUACUGUUCAGGACUUCCUGUUUGUCGUACUCUAGAGGUAGAUCACUCUACACAGAUUCACUUGAUCAACAUGGGAGUUUUCAUGCUUUUACUUCCAUUUGUCACUUUAUUGUGUAAAGCUUUAAUUUACAGCUUCCAUAUGUCUGCACUUAAAGUUCACACUGUGGCACUAAUAUAUAGGAAACAAUGACUUCAUAUACAUAUUUCUAUAAAAAGCACUGCACAGGGCAACAGAACCAAUGAUUCUUCUUCACCAACUUUAGUGAGUUUUUCGCGAGGAGUCGAGGUCAGAUAAAUGAUGGAUUGAUUGGUAGCAGCGUUUCAUUUUGUACCUGCAUACUGACAGUAAAGGGAAGCUGUGGUACAAAGCUUUUUGGGUUUAAUUAGUUCACCAGCUUUUAAUUAGUUUGCCAGAGUAUGUGUAAAUAACGCUGGUUAGUACAGGCUUCUCCAACAAGUUUGAAUUGGAGAACUGAUGAAGGAUCACUUGAUUGAAGUCCUGAUUCUUUUCCAUUACGGUUGAACUGUCAAACCUUCAGCCAUCGGGUUAUUAAGUAAAUCUUGACUGCACAGGAUAGAAUAGAAACUACUGAAUUAAAUGCUGCAUCGCACACAGAUGAUUCACGAAUGUCACAUCUUAAGUGAACAUUUCUGUGUGGAAAUGUGGUGACAGUCAUCAGUGUUUUUCAUUUCUCUGAGCCUCUUAACAGAGAAUCUUCAUGACUUUUGCCAAAGCUUUUAACACAUCCUAUCCUCAUAUUGUACAAAUGGACCAAUCACACUAUCUAUAAUAGAGUGACAGUAAAGAGGGAUAUACGGUGUUAUUUAAUUUGGGUAAAUAAGGAGGUUGUGAUCUGUCAUCCUUCAUCAAAAUGGUUCCUGUAUCGUAAUCAAUCAAAAUACCAUGUGUAAAUACAUACCUCCAUAUAAUUGGUACGAUCUUGAUGACAAUACAGUCAAAGCAGGCUGUUAAAGUGGUGCUCUCAGAAAACAAAUUAUAAUAU